AUGUGCCUCAGUCCGCAUUCAUUUUCUCGCGUGUUUGCCGCUGCAGAUGUGCGGAAUCUCUUGGUCUAUCCUGAGACGAGGACUCGUGUCACGGGCGAGCAAAGAGCAAAACAACGGGCUCAGGCUGAUGAUCUCGUGUCUGCAGAACUCAAGGAGACCCAUCUGGGACCCCUCACCAACACAUUUUCCCGAUCUACCUCGACAUCGACCAUUACGCCCGACAAGAACGAGAAGAACGCCAUUCCUACGAUUUCGUCAACGCCCACUCCCCAGAACGAUGUUGCUGCUUCAGAAGCCCUCAGCCAGGCCCCGGUGGUCAAGCCCCCGAAGCCUGGAAUUCUUGUCGUGACUCUUCACGAGGGACAAGGAUUCUCUUUGCCUGAGCAGCACCGCGCUGCCUUCUCCUCCCAACACCCACAAGCCUCUCUUUCCACUGGCAACGCCCUCAGCAUGGCUGGUUCCAUGCGCCCGGGCUCUUCACAGCGCCAGGCCGGUUCCUUUAUCAACGGCAGGCCGCAGACCUCUGGCGGUGGCGGCUUCAACGGCAUCCCGAUGAACCACGGUCGUAUUUCCGGAAAGUACAUGCCCUACGCCCUCUUGGAUUUCGACAAGGUUCAGGUGUUUGUCAACUCGGUCGAAGGGACACCUGAGAACCCGCUCUGGGCAGGCGGCAACACGCAGUACAAGUUUGAUGUGUCUCGAGUCACCGAACUCGCAGUACAUCUCUACAUGCGCAACCCCAUGGCCCCGCCGGGCUCUGGUCGCAGCCAGGAUAUUUUCCUUGGUGUCGUCCGGAUCAACCCGCGCUUUGAGGAGCCCCACCCCUAUGUCGAGGACCCCAAGGCCAGCAAGAAGGACCGCGAGAAGGCGGCCGCCGAGCACUCGAGCCGAGAGCGAUCUCUGGGCUUCAGCGGCUGCGACUGGGUGGAUGUUGCGUACGGCACGGGCAAGCUGCGAAUCGGUGUUCAAUACGUGGAGAACCGGGCAGGCAAGCUCAAGAUCGAGGACUUUGAGCUCCUCAAGGUCGUUGGCAAGGGCAGCUUCGGCAAGGUCAUGCAGGUGCGCAAGAAAGACACGGCGCGAAUCUACGCUCUCAAGACCAUCCGCAAAGCCCACAUCAUCUCUCGAUCCGAAGUCGCCCAUACGCUCGCCGAGCGCUCUGUGCUGGCCCAGAUCAACAACCCCUUUAUCGUCCCUCUCAAGUUCUCCUUCCAGUCGCCGGAGAAGCUCUACUUCGUCCUCGCCUUCGUCAACGGUGGCGAGCUCUUCCACCAUCUCCAGAAGGAACAGCGUUUCGACGUUAACAGGUCUAGAUUCUACACGGCGGAGCUCCUGUGCGCUCUCGAGUGUCUGCACGGCUUCAAUGUCAUCUACCGUGAUCUAAAGCCCGAGAACAUCCUGCUUGAUUACCAAGGCCACAUUGCCCUGUGCGACUUUGGCCUCUGCAAGUUGGACAUGAAGGACGAGGACAGGACCAACACGUUCUGUGGCACUCCUGAGUACUUGGCGCCAGAGCUGUUGUUGGGUAAGGGCUACAACAAGACGGUCGACUGGUGGACGCUGGGUGUCCUGCUGUACGAGAUGUUGACGGGCCUGCCGCCCUUCUACGACGAGAACACCAACGAGAUGUACCGCAAGAUCCUGUCGGAGCCGCUGCACUUCCCCAGCCAGGACAUUGUGCCGCCGGCGGCCAAGGACCUGCUCACGAAGCUCUUGAACCGCAACCCGGCGGAGCGGCUGGGGGCUAACGGCUCCGCGGAGAUCAAGACGCAUCCCUUCUUCCACGCCAUCGACUGGCGCAAGCUGCUCCAGCGCAAGUACGAGCCGACGUUCAAGCCCAGUGUGGCCGAUGCGCUCGACACGGACAACUUUGAUCCCGAGUUUACCUCGGAGGCGCCCCAGGAUUCAUUUGUCGACGGCCCUGUCCUAUCGCAGACGAUGCAGAACCAGUUCCAGGGCUUCAGCUACAACCGCCCGAUCGCAGGUCUGGGCGAUGCAGGUGGGAGCGUGAAGGAUCCUUCAUUCGUCGGCAGCAUUCAAGACAACCGGUAG